AGUAGUAUUCAAAUAUCAAUAGGUCAAUGAAUACGACCAAAAAAGCGAAAAAGAGAAUUCAAUCAUAAUGUUUUCGAAUUUCCUCGAAAGCUUAUACGAUGGCAUCGGAGACGAUGAAGCCGACGACGACGACGACGAGAACAUCCCCAAAACUCCAACGGAGAGACACGUCCCCGAGAGAAACGCCGAUCGUUUGCCUCCGAUGUCACCGGAAGAGGAGGCUCAAGCGCGCGGCGUGAAAGACGACCUGUCGGAACUCAGCCAUACCCUCACGCGUAAAUUUCGUGGCGUCGCUAACUUUCUCGCCCCGUUACCGGAGAGAUCCUCCUCCGAUCUGUCGAAUCCCAGAUUGAGCCAAUCGCGUUUUUCAGAUCCCGAAUUGAAUCAAUCGUCGUCUUCCGAUCCCAGGCUGAAUCGCUCGUCGUCUUCCGAUCCCAGGCUGGAUCAAUCUUCGUCUUUCGAUCCCUGGCUGAAUCAACCGCCGUCUUCUUCAGAUCGGCCUGAAUCGUGUGUCGGAAUUGAUACGCGAGAGACAGAGAUUAGAGCUAGGAGCUCGGAUACUAUGGAAGAUAAAAGGUUAGAAGACUUACGCGAUGAUCUGGAGGAGGAAGAAGAAGAGGAAACGGAUGAAGAAGAGGAGGAGGAAGAGGAAGAAGAGAUGGAUGCGGUUGCUCUUACGGACGAAGUGCUAGCAUUUGCGAGGAACAUAGCAAUGCAUCCUGAAACUUGGUUAGACUUUCCUCUCGACCCCGACGAAGAUCUUGAUGAUUUGGAAAUGUCUGAUGCACAAAGAGGCCAUGCUUUAGCUAUAGAACGUCUUGCUCCGAGGUUAGCUGCAUUAAGAAUUGAACUCUGUCCGUGCCAUAUGACUGUUGGUUACUUCUGGAAAGUCUAUUUUGUUCUUCUCCUUUCACGGCUCAAUAAACACGAUGCUCAGCUUUUGUCUUCGCCACAGGUGAUGGAAGCAAGAGCGUUGUGGAUGAAAGAGCUUCAGAAUCAAAACAGUUCCCCCAAAACAGGGUAUGGAGAUAUUCUUAAGGAGGAGAUUACACCAUCAACUUCGAGUUACUACAACCAUGCUCCUCCUGAGUUUUUGUCUCCACGAAUAUAUGCCUUUGAACCUCCUUCGAUCAUGUAUCGCGAUUUCGAAACGGCAGAUCGCGGGUCUGAGAAUGCGGAGUUCAUUGAUAAAGCUGUUAUCGAGGAAAAACCAAUUCAAAAGAGUGCAAGCCUAAGCGCGGCACCCAAUGCCGAUGAUGAAGAUGAUGAUGAUGAUUGGCCAGAAGAGGAAGACGAUGCUCAUGAUUGGGCUCCAAUGUUCACAGGGAAUGAGGAUGAUGUUUCUUUCAGUGAUCUGGAAGGAGACGAUGAUAUAAGUAGCUUAGCGCUCAAGUCUAAGACUACCUCCCAAAAAGGAACAUGAAACAUACAUCUCAGGUCGUAACGAAACUGGCUUGUUGCUUUUAUCUUACCUCAAGAUCAAAUCAAUGGAACUGAAUAUAAAAGGAUUUGUGCCGAGUCAAAGCGUGAGUUUUUGGGUGUGAGUUUGAUUGUUUGUCAAAAGGAAAAAAAAAAAGGUUUUGAAACAUGUACAGAAGAUUUUUUCAGCCACUUCAACUGCAUUUGUAUUUGUUCUCUUAUAUCACCAAUGUAAGGAAAUAUUGGAAGCUGUGAUAUAUACUA